AACUGUUUGAAAAUUACGUUGUUCCGAUUUUAAAAGAUAUUAUACAUCGUAAACUAAAGUUCGAAAUUUUGUCAAGUUUUAUGUACGAGUUAUGAAAUAAUUUUCCUAUGACUUUAUUACCUCCACACACUAACUCUUUAGCAAUGUAAACAUUUUUUUGCAGUCGACGUGGAAAAUCGAAAAUGGAUUAUUCCAAAUUUUUGGACGAUAAUUUUGAUGCAAAAGAAUGGGUCAAUACAGCCUUUAGAUCACAAAAGGAUCCAGUUGCUGCUAAAGAUCAAUAUGCAACAACCUUGGUGAUGAAACUUCAAAUGUUUAUUCAGGAAGUGAACAACAUAAUAGAGGAAACCAGCCAGCAAGCUGUUCAAAAUUUACCAAGAGUGAUAAGAGAACUAGAUGCUGUAAAACAGGAAGCUGCUCUACUCCAGGAUCAGAUGAAAAUGGUCAAACAGGACAUUCAAAAGGUGGAACAUGACACAGCUAAAUCAAUGCAGACUCUGCUAAAACUGGACGCAAUCAAAUCCCGAAUGACCUCUGCUGCAGAAGCCCUCAGGGAGGCAGACAAUUGGACCACACUGAGCUCAGAUGUGGAGGAGGUGUUCCAAUCUCAAGAUAUCAAGGCUAUAACAUUGAAACUGAAAGGGAUGCAAAACAGUUUGUUGAUGUUGGUUGACACACCUGACUAUGCAGACAGGUGUCAGCACCUGGAGACCCUCAAGAACCGCCUGGAGGCGGUGCUGAGCCCCCAGCUGGUGCAGGCCUUCACCACCCAGUCCCUGGAGACUGCCCAGACCUACACACAGAUCUUCACCGACAUUGACCGGGUCCCCCAGCUCUACAAGUACUACACCAGGUGUCACAAGGUGACUUUAUUGGGUGCAUGGAAGAAUAUCAUUGAAGCAAAUGCAGAUGACACGUUGAAAGAAUGGUUGACGGAAUAUUAUGACCUGCUUCUGUCAACUUGGCAUGCAGAGAUGAAGUGGUGUAAGCAAGUGUUUCCAGACCCCCUUCCUAUCGUGUGUGAUCUGAUUAAGGAGACCCUGGAAUCCCUGGAUCCACCUCUUCAUUCAUGCAUUAACCUGUACACACAACACAGAGAUACACUGACCGGACUGAUAGAGCUCAAACAGAUAACAGAGAGAUUUGCCAGGAGUAUGGAGCAAGCUGUGGAAUCCAAUAUGAUUGCGGAGAACUGUAGUCAUGUGACCAGUCUAGAUCACCUGUUGCUGGAGUUGUACGCCCCUUAUCGGCACCACAUCUGUACCUACCAAAGCCUAGAGGAGGAGACACUUGGAAAAAAUCUGGAUUCUAUUAAACUGGAUCAUGAAGAAAUCUUUGAGACAGUUCAAUUGUUAGGCAGUUCAGUGAAUAAACUAUUUAACUUUGCAAAGGAGGCCAAUGAAAGAUGCCUGAACUUAACCAAUGGAUGUGGAUAUUUGUUUAUGAUGGAUGCCUUAAAGACAUAUUUUAGUAAUUACUGUAAAGAAUUUCGGAGAGUGUUGACCAAUAUCAAGGAGAAGUGUAGAACAAGUCGGCGAGCGGGGGAGGAAGAGGACUGGACCCACUUCCAGCACACGCUGAGGAUCAUCCAGACCUGUGGUGAUCUUAUUAUGCAUAUGGAUGAAUUAGAUGGAAAUAUUUUGAGCAGUAUGAUGCAGACGAUAGCACAUUACACAAAUCCAAGCUCACUUGUAAAAGAGAUCGGAAAGCUUCGGUUCUUUGGGAAGGUUUCUGUAGUUGAGGCUCAUGCUGCAUUGUUUUUAAAAAAUCCCCAUGACAUCGAGAACCUAGAGGUCCUAGUUACUAAGCUUGGAGAAGGGGACCUUCCCUCUGUGUUGGAGGACACCAAACGGGAGCUGUGUAAACUGAGUGAAGAUGUUCAUAAGUUUUCUUUUGAUAUUGUGUUUGGUACACUGAGGGGGUACCUAGCAGAUGUCAGCAACAUGGAGAUCUGGACAUCAAAGAGUGCUGGAGGAGCUUUGACCUCUGACCUUCCGACCUUCAGCCUUUCUCCACAGGAAUACAUAACAAAAGUUGGUCAGUUCCUGAUGACACUACCCCAGCAUCUGGAGCCGUUCACCAUGCAGGACAACCCCUCAGUGUUAGUGGCUCUAAAGCAUGGGAAACUACCUUACACAGAUGAAACAGAGCUCCCAGAGCAUGUGGCAGACCUGUGGUUAGAGUCCAUCGCCCGAGGAACCAUGCACCUGUAUUGUGAGCAGAUUCUAAAGAUCCAGGAACUGUCCAACCAUGCUGUCAAACAGCUCAUCACAGAUAUAGAUUACCUCUGUAACGUGUUGGACGACCUCGGCCUGAUUGCCUCGGAGAAUCUGAAGAACAUCGACACCCUACUGAAGGCGUCGGCAGAGGAGUACCUGGAUGUAGCCGAAUCCAUGCCUCAAAGACUCUCACAUGCCAUAAGCAACAUGAGGAAUAUUGAACUGUAACCAUAGACUAUUAGACUAUUCAGUAUGGAAUCUCUGCAUCAAAAAUAUUCUUACUGUAUACAGCUACAUGUAUAUUGUGAAAUAUGAAUACAUGGGAUUUUGUUAUUUUUACUUGUGUAUAUUUAUUAUGAAAAUAAAUGUAUAAACAUA